UUGUAAAUGUAUAUAUAUUCAUGACAAAUAGGGAAGUUGAUAAAUAAAUAUGUAAAUAAUCAUUUUGUUAAUUCAUUAAAAUGAAAAUGCGCAACAUAUUCUAUCGGAGAAAAGGCAGAACAGGUGGAAUUGGUUUUAUUCAGUUUCUUGUACAAGUUGGAGUAUAUAGUUCUUUAGUUAUAACAGGGUAUCUGCUUGGCUCGACAUUACCACACAGUGAUAAAUCAGAUAAUAUUUCCAUAUAUAAUAAUAUUGAGAUUAAUAAAGAUCAAAAUAACAAAGGAAAACAUGAAUCUGUGCCAAAUAAAAACAUCAAAGUGUUAUGUUAUAUUGUGACCUCGCCGACAUUCCUAUGGACAAGAGCCGUACAUGUAAAGAAGACAUGGGGUUCAAGAUGCGACAAAACACUUUAUUUUAGUUCUGUAACUAAUAAUUCUUUUCCCGCCAUUGGACUAAAUGUUUCCGAAGGCCGAGAACAUUUGACUGCAAAAUCUCAUCUAGCCUUUAGAUACAUUUACAAGCAUUUCUUCCCUAAGUAUGACUGGUUCUUAAAAGCAGAUGAUAAUACUUAUGUGAUUGUUGAAAAUCUGAAAUAUUUUCUUUCGGCGAAGGACAAGAAUGCUCCCUUUUUCUUUGGACACCAUUUUGAUAGCGUUAUUCAGGGUGGAUAUGCAAGUGGAGGUGCUGGCUAUGUUCUGAGUCGAGAGGCACUUAGACGCUUGGCAGAGGACGGAAGUGAUGACGUCAUUUGCAGGCAAGAUGGCGGCGCUGAAGAUGUUGAAAUAGGAAAGUGCUUGCAUAAUUUAGGCGUCAUUGUAGGAAAUUCGUAUGAUGUCGACGGAAAAAGUUUAUUCCAUUGUUUUGACCCUGCGGCUCAUCUUACGGGGAAUUUUCCAUCAUGGUACCUACGAUAUGAUGCCGCUGGAGCACUUAAGGGAAAGAGGUAUAUGAGCAAAAACGCGGUAUCUUUUCACUACGUAAAACCGGAGGCUAUGUAUGUAUAUGACUAUUUCUUGUACAAUGUGAAUGUAAAUAAAUGAAUUUACUGUUUAAAAAUGUACAUGACAGCUUAAUUUGCUUAGACAACGUAUAAGAAUAUCAUCUAUUUUAAACAAAGCAUUUACGGUGUGUAGAAGGCUUGUCGAUACACUGAUAUCAUUGGUUUACAGUGCAAAGCUGUUUAUAGAUUUGUUAAUAUGAAUAUAUGACAAAAAACAAACAACAAAGCAAGGACAGCAUUUAUUCAGAAGGUUUUAUACAUUACAUGGCGAUUGGUUGAAAUGAGUUUAAGGUAGAAUAGUUAUCUUUAAUAUCAAUCUUUGCUAUUAACAUUUAGCCUGCUAAAUUUCUAUAAUGAACUUGACAAUGUUCAUCUUUCAGUUUGGACAGUACCAUUAACUGUUAAAAGCUUACCAAAACUCUACUGACUAAAUGGCAAACAGCGCAGACCAUGAUCAGCCUGCACGGAUGUACUGGCUGGUCUUGGUCUGAACUGACCGCAAGGACAGAGCAGGCUAAGAGU